CCCCUCACUUAUUCCUGCCCCCUAAAUCUCGGGCAGCAGCACCGCGUCAAGUCUCGUCGUCUCUCUCAACAGCUCUACAUGUCUUCUACUCCUCCGGCUACCCCGAAGACAGUCAAACAGUGACAUUGAGAUUACUAUAAAUACAAAUCUGGGUGAAAUCGUAUAUAAAUUGUAUCGUAGACUGUUGUUUUCAGUCUUGAAGGUCUACAUUGACAACGCAAAUGCGUUGACAGAGACGCUUUGACGAAGUCUUAUAGGAUUGAAUUUGAAGUCAGUGCUUUGAUCUUUUCAAAUCUUGAAUUGAGUUUGUUUUCUUAGUUCAAAUCUUGAAUUAGGGUGAAGUAUGUGGAGACUAGCUCUAUCUGCGGCGUCUAAUCUGCGGAGAUGUAGGCGGUACUCGACGGCCAUUCCUGGUCCGUGUAUUGUGCACAAGCGUGGUGCUGAUAUUCUUCAUGAUCCGUGGUUCAACAAGGAUACAGGCUUCCCUUUGACGGAAAGAGAUCGACUUGGGCUUCGGGGUCUUCUUCCCCCUCGUGUGAUAUCAUUUGAACAUCAAUAUGCCCGUUUCAUGGAGUCAUAUCGAUCCCUGGAAAAAAAUACUCGAGACCAACCAGAUAGCGUUGUAUCCUUGGCGAAAUGGAGGAUCUUGAAUAGACUGCAUGACAGGAAUGAGACUUUGUACUACCGAGUUCUCAUUGAUAACAUUAAAGAUUUUGCUCCUGUAAUAUACACUCCAACGGUAGGAUUGGUAUGUCAAAACUAUUCAGGUUUGUUUAGACGGCCACGUGGAAUGUAUUUCAGUGCAAAAGAUAGGGGGGAGAUGAUGUCUAUGAUCUAUAACUGGCCAGGUCAUCAGGUUGACAUGAUUGUUGUGACAGAUGGCAGUCGUAUACUUGGCCUAGGUGAUCUUGGAGUCCAGGGAAUUGGUAUACCAAUUGGAAAGCUGGAUAUGUACGUUGCUGCUGCUGGUAUCAACCCACAGAGAGUACUCCCAGUUAUGCUUGAUGUUGGCACUAACAAUCAGAAGCUUCUUGAAGAUCGUCUUUAUUUAGGACUACGACAACAUAGGCUGGAAGGAGAAGAAUACCUAUCAAUCGUUGAUGAAUUCAUGGAAGCUGUUCAUGCACGGUGGCCAAAAGCUAUUGUGCAGUUUGAAGAUUUUCAAAUGAAGUGGGCUUUCGAAACACUGCAACGAUACAGAAAAAGGUUUUGCAUGUUCAAUGAUGAUAUACAGGGAACUGCUGGUGUCGCACUGGCAGGGCUACUUGGAACUGUAAGAGCACAAGGUCGGCCCCUGACCGACUUCGCAAACCAAAAAAUAGUAGUGGUUGGAGCUGGGAGUGCAGGGCUUGGUGUCCUUAACAUGGCCUUGCAGGCUGUUUCAAGAAUGGCAGAACCAGCAGCAAAACCUCAGUUUUUCCUACUUGAUAAAAAUGGUCUCAUCACAAAAGAGAGAAAGGAUAUUGAUCCAGCAGCUGCACCAUUUGCUAAAGCCGUAGGAGAGAUCGAGGGAAUGGGACUUGGGGAGGGAGCUACUCUCAUUGAAGUGGUUAAAAAGGUUAAGCCUCAUGUGCUUCUUGGUUUGUCUGGAGUUGGCGGCAUCUUCAAUGAGGAGGUGCUCAAGGCCAUGAAAGAGUCGGAUUCCACAAAACCUGCUAUUUUUGCUAUGUCAAAUCCUACGAUGAAUGCUGAAUGCACUGCUGUAGAAGCUUUCAAGCAUGCUGGUGAAAAUGUAGUUUUUGCAAGUGGGAGCCCCUUUGACAAUGUUGAUCUUGGGAAUGGAAAAGUAGGCCAUGUAAAUCAAGCAAAUAACUUGUACCUGUUUCCCGGGAUUGGUUUGGGAGCUCUCCUCUCUGGUGCUCAUUUUAUUUCAGACAGAAUGUUGCAAGCAGCUGCUGAAUGCCUGGCUACAUAUAUGACAGAUGAAGAAAUUCAAAUGGGCAUUUUGUAUCCUUCUAUUAAUAGUAUCAGAGAUAUCACAGCAGAGGUUGGGGCUGCAGUAAUACGAACAGCUGUUGCUGAAGAACUGGCAGAAGGGCAUGGUGAUGUGGGGGCAAGGGAGCUUGCACAAAUGUCAAAAGAAGAGACUGUGCAAUAUGUCGUGCACAACAUGUGGUAUCCUGUUUACGGCCCUCUUGUUCAUGAGAAAUAAAAGCUCCUCUCAUAUCCUUCUACCUGGAGGUUAUUCUUCUGCAGAUGGCAUUCUAAAUUUCUGCAGCCAGUUGUAGAUUAACGUUUUUUAUUUUUUUACCCGUCUUAACUUGUAAUUUUUAAGCAUCAUCGAAAUAGUCUAGGGCAAAGGGCAAAGUUGCUGAACUUGAAACAAGAGGGAAUGUAACAAAAUGAGGCCCUUCCAAUUAUGAAUUUUGUUUAGCCCUUUUUGCCUAAACUAUCCUUACCUAUGUACUGAAUAUGUAUGCUCGGAUAUAUAUAUCUAUAGGGCAAUAUGGUUA